AGUCGUAUCGUAUUAAAAUAGCUCUGGUUAAGUUUUAUUUUGAAGAUGUCUUCCGGAAAAGCAAUGUGUGCGACCACAUUUAAUUGCCGUGGUCCGGGCGUAGUCUGGAAGGAACGCAAAGUGCACGGUUUUCCACGCUUGGACCGGACCAGACGGGGACGCCCAGGAGGCGGAGACCCACGGACUGGGGUGUCAUUGGUUCUGAACGAGAGCGCUCAAUCACCUGCGUGGAGGCACCACAGCUGCGCUCCCACUUGUGGGUGUGACAAACAUUUCGUGCGCGCGGCGUGGGACACUGCAUGACUUGUUUUUUUUAUUGUGCUGCUACCAUUUGGAGAUUUGGGGAUUCGCCUCCCCGCUCAAGAAGCUGUUGACGCAAAGAGACACGAACGGGCUCGGCGGGACUUCCACGCCGGAUCGACUUCCGUGGAUUGAGGAUGUUUGGCAAAUGUAGUGCACCGGAGCACAGGUAGACUUUGACUUUUGCGUCUGUGAGCUCCAAAUGCAUUUGCUCCUCCUGGGACGGGAGAAGAACGAAGAAGAAGAAGAAGCCGGGUGUGGAGUCAGUUUGUUUACGGGCUUUGCGCCCCGCGUCGCCACCACCAUGUUCAGCUGCGUGGGCUGCUUCUGGGUGCUCCUUUCUUCAGCUCUGGUCGCCGUGUGCAGUUUCAGUUUCAUCUCUCCUGCGUGGAUUGUGAAGGAGCAGCCGAGGACCACCAAUCACCAUCAUCACCAUCAACAUUAUCAUCACAAGGAGUCCGUGAGCUUCGGCUUACUGUGGCACUGCUCCGAGUCUCUGGACCACAUGUAUCGCUGUUACACCUUUGGAGGGCUGGGCAAAUUUGCUGAGAUCCCGUCCAGUUCGUGGCAGACCAGCGCUGUGUUGUGCUCGGGAGGGUGCGCCCUGCUGGCCGUCAGCUCCCUGUUGGCCAUCAUCACCAUCUUCCUGCCCAGCGGAGGAUGUGAGAGGAGGAUCUGCACCCUGGCUGGAUACAUGCAGAUGGCUGCAGUGUUUAUCAUGGCUGCAGGACUGCUGGUGUACCCAUUUGGGCUCAACUCUUCGCUCGUCAGGUCCUUUUGCGGAGACUCGGACGUCUACAAUGCCGGCGAGUGCCAAAUUGGCUGGGGGUACAUGUUGGCCAUUGUGGGAGUGCUGCUCACCAUCUUUUUGCCCUUUUUUGCCAAAUAUGCACCAAAGGAGCAGCUGUCUCCCACCCCUUUGCCCGCUCUCUUAUAAUAUUUCUUUCGCUGAGCUGCCUUUAACUAAAAGACCGAUGCUUUUUUUUGGGGGGGGGGGGGGUAAAAAAGCUGCUCUGAAAUGCAGUGGGAAAACUGGCUCUUUUGUGCAUUGUCUUCCUAUGUGUGAUAUGUAAAAUGACUUCAGUUAGGUUUCAUAUAAACAUGUUUACCAGCUUGUAAACACUUAAACUCAGCCAUUUUCCAUGAAGAUGUUGUCCAGUGUUGAAGGGGCAUUUAAUGUAAUAAUGAUUGCAGCAUUUUUGCCCUUCUUUUGUGGGUCAGAUGUCAAGAUGACGGGAACAUGAACUAUUCCAAAACAAACGGGACAUAUGUGCACAAAGGAAUUGCAAACACAACUUGAUGUGGAAUUUUUUUCCCCACAUCAGAAAUCAAUUAUUCAAGAAAGUUCUGAGGAGUAUGAUACAAGGACAGCUUUUUGUUUUUAACUCAAGGACAUUUACCUGAGGGAACUGCACAUACGAACAAAAAAGCAAACCGAAUUGAAGUUUAACGUUCUGAAAAUGGCUAGAAAUUGAACUCUGGCCUACUAAAGGAUCAAGAGGAGCUUUCUCUGCGAUGCUACUUUUUGUGACUAUCAUGUAAAAAAAAAAAAGGGUCAACACUGAUUUUGCUGUGUCUUUUUUAACGGAUGCAUAACAACAGAUCUUGGUUUCUCAGUAGCGUUGUCCA